CUGUCACUGGCAAUGUCAACUUGUCAUCGCCUUUUCUAUCUUCAGUCCCUGACAGUAAUUUUUUGUGCGAAUUAUUUCAUACCUACCUUACAGUAUUUCUUUUUCUGAUAUUCAGUGUUGCGAAGCAAAUAUGUUUUUUUCAAACCUAAUACGUUUAAGCGCUUUAAAUGCUAUAUUGUGACUACGUAAAUUAAACUUUUACUCGACGUAAAUUAGUGUUGUAUUAAUUUGAACUCGAAACUGUAGCUUAGGUUACAAGUAAAGAUGUUUGCGAGUUUAAAAAGUAAGAUAAAGGAAGAAACUGGUAGCGACAUUAGUAAAAUAACUAGUAGUUGGCGGAGCGGCGCUUUCUUGGGACGAAUAACGCUUAGAGAUGAUUCCUCAACAGCCAGCCCUUCUAGUUCUGCUGGACAUGGGGAUUCUACAUCAGAUUCAAUAUCUCCCCAAAUGGAAUCAUACUUAUCAGAGAGGACUGGUGGACGUAUAGACCAGGCGGUGUUACAACAACAGUACUCAACACAAUUGGAGGCUAAACUACGAGAGAGAGACACUUACUGGGAACAAAAGAUUGAAGAACUGAAGCUUUCACUUGCAUCCGUUCAAGGUGAAGAAGCAGCGGCGGCGCAGGCAGUGGCUCGCACGGCACAGGCUGAGGCCGCCAAGGCCGUGCUCGAGAGAGAUGCUGCUAAGAGACUCGUCACCGAGCUGAAGACUCAGCUGGCAGCUGCUGAAAGGGCUCAGGAUAGACUUGAUGCGCUAAAUGAGGAGUUAGAACAAAGUCGCCGUGAGUGGGCUCGCGAGCGCGCGGAGCUAAGCGGAGCCCUGUCACAGGCGGAGGCGCGCGCCGCCGACUUAGCAGACAACCUCGCACUGCUUAGCGCAGCCCUGCCGCCUGAAAAUCCACACCAUCAUAUGGAGGACGAUGAUAAACGCGAAGUAACUCCAACUGGGUGCGCGGACUAUGACCGCGUGUGUCGGGAGCGUGCAGUACUGACGCGGCAACUGCAAGAGGCCAAGAUGGCGCUCGCUGACGUCAAAACCUCUUGGAGCGGUCAGAUAGCGUCAUUGGAGACACAGGAAAAAACAAUGGAGUUAGAAAGCCGGAUUGAAAGUUUAACGCAAGAGAACAAAGAGUUGAUGGAAGCACUAGAAAAUGAGAGGUCGCUAGUUAAGAUUUUGAGGGAAAAGGUGGAUAAAUCCAAUUUACUCUGUGACGAGAGUAAAGCGGAGGUUAACCACCUCAAUUCCAUGGUGACGGAGAUGCAACACGACUUCUUGGAUAUGCAAAGGAAGUUUGACAAAGAAAAACGCGAAAAAGACGAAGCUCUAUUGAGAAACGCUCACAUGUCACAGACAAUAGAGAUGAGUCAGUGCAAUGUGCGUUAUCAGGAGACAGAGAUAGCAGAGCUGAAGAGCAAGAUAGCAGAAUUGGAGGGACUCAUCGCACAGCACAAAGAGAAUCAAGCUGCAUGUAUGUUAAUUAAGGAAACGGAGGAAGCACGGAAGCAGGAGAUCGAACAACUUAAGAAGAAAAUAGACGAAUUAAUAGAAAACGAGACUGCACUCAAAAAGACUAUACAAGACUUAGAAACUGAAAUCUGUGAUAAAAAUAAGAAAAUAAAAACGUUAGACAACAGAAUAUCGGACAUGAAGAAGACACUACAACGAGAGUUACAGAGCAGUAAGUCUGAUCUGACGUCGGCAGAGGAACAGGACAUCAGCAGACGGUACUUAAAACACGUGGUGCUUCGUUUUCUAACGGCGCGUGAGUUGGAAGCGAGACAGUUGACUCGCGCCCUCGCCGCCCUCCUACGACUGUCGGCGCACGAAGAGGCCUUACUGCGAGCAGCCCUCCCGCCUCGCACUGGCCUGGCAGCUUGGUUCCCGUCUCUGAACACCUGAUCCGUCUAAACAGAGCAUUGGAACGUAUGUUUAAAAGUAAGAACGCUUAAAGAUGAAUUCUCAUUAAUAAAAAUGACGUCUCAACGAUUUUCUUUGUCCAUGAAAAAGGAAAUUAUUGUUGUAGUUGUGAUGUAUGCGGCUCUAUCAUAGUGUUCAUAUGUCUAGUUAUAUGAAUGCUAUGGAAGUGGGUUUUAAAAUAUCAUGUCUACCUACUCCAACGGGAUAAAGGCGUAAAUUCACAUUACACAAUGUUAUAGGGCAGGGAAAGAGUUGAAAAAGGACUUGAGAAUUCCUGUGUCGUUUACGUUGACAAAAACAUUGCAAUAUAAUGUAGAUACUUAUUGCUUUUAUAUGUAAAUUUGUACACAUGUGAAAAUUAAUUAUUGUUAUUUAUAACUUAUAUUUAUGAUGAUAGCACAUUAUGAUGAUUUUAUAAAUUAUCCUAGUUAAUAUAUAGACGGUUAUGGACACUCGACAAAUAUGAGCGAAAUUGUUUGUGUCUAGCUU